UUUAUUGUAACGCCAUAAUUUAUCGUAAUUUCACAACAGUGCCUAAUUUUAAAAAAGCACAAUUCUUCUUCAAUCCAUGAACAUUUUUUUUUUACUUAAUCCUAAAUCCACUGAAGUGAAAUUUAAUGGAGCGCACGGAUGAAUGACAUGUGUGACUCGGAUAAGAGACACGAUACCCUUCUACCCACUUCGUAAUAGGUGGUAUAAAUGUGCAGACAACCAUAAACUAGAAUGCAAGCAAGUCUAACACCCAGAAGUGGUCUUUCCAAGGACAGCGAUAAGCAUUUAGGAGCGAGCACCAAGUUUCUUUUUCUUCUGAAGAAGGGGAGUAACCCAAGAAGAUGGCUGAUAGGAUUGAUCACUCCGCUGUCCGUGCAUCAGAUGGCGUCAGCACCAACGGAACCUGUGAAAUAAAGAUGUCCCCUCAAAACACAAAGUCCACUCGAGGAUCCACAGUGAGCUUCCACAACAUCCACUACAGGGUGAAAGUCAGGAGUGGACUCCUGUGUAAAAGGAAGACCACCACAAAGGAAAUCCUAACAGACUUGAAUGGGAUCAUGAGGCCGGGUCUGAAUGCUAUUCUUGGAGCUACUGGCAGUGGGAAGUCUUCGUUUCUGGAUGUGCUGGCGGCACGGAAGGACCCAUCGGGACUCUCUGGGGAGGUGCUCAUCGAUGGAGCCCCCCAGCCUCCCAACUUCAAAUGCAUUUCAGGCUACGUCGUUCAGGACGAUGUGGUCAUGGGGACUCUGACGGUGAGGGAGAACCUGCAGUUCUCCGCAGCUCUGCGCCUGCCGAGAUCAGUGAGCGAGACGGAGAAGGUGCGCAGGGUGGACCAGGUCAUCAAAGAGCUGGGCCUCACCAAAGUGGCAGAUUCAAAGGUUGGAACCCAGCUGAUCCGGGGAAUUUCUGGAGGAGAACGAAAGAGGACCAACAUUGGAAUGGAGCUCAUAAUUGACCCCUCUGUGCUGUUUCUAGACGAACCAACUACUGGGCUGGACGCUAGCACUGCUAAUUCUGUCCUGCUUCUGCUUAAAAGAAUGGCCAGCCAUGGGCGAACAAUCAUUUUGUCCAUCCAUCAGCCCAGGUACUCCAUCUACCGUCUGUUCGACAGCCUGACCCUGCUGGUCAGUGGCAAGCUGGUUUACCACGGGCCAGCGGAGGAUACUCUGGACUACUUCGAAAAAGCUGGGUAUGCAUGCGAGCCACACAACAACCCCGCAGACUUUUUCCUGGAUGUCAUCAAUGGAAACUCAAUUACAGCGGCGUUGACCAAGAUACGCAACUCUGAAGACUAUGAGAUUGAGGAUCAAACCACUACCAGGCAGGGUAUCGAAGACCGCUUGGUGGAGGAGUACCAGAGUUCUGCUUACUACAAAAACACCAAAGUCGACCUGGAAAAGAUCCUUCAAGGGAAGCAGCACAUCUUGCGGCCAACGUCCCGAAAGAUAACCUAUGCCACAUCGUUCUUUCACCAGCUGAAAUGGGUGUUGAAAAGAACAUUCAAGAACCUGAUGUUGAAUCCGCAGACCUCUGUGGCUCAGAUUGGUGUCACGAUUUUCCUGGCUCUAAUAGUGGGCGCUAUAUUCUUCGGAAUCAAAGACGAUCAAAGUGGGAUCCAGAACAGAACUGGAGCGCUGUUCUUCAUCGUUACAAACCAGUGUUUCAGCACUCUGUCUGCAGCCGAGCUCUUCAUUACAGAGAAGAAGCUUUUUGUGCAUGAAUACAUCAGUGGGUAUUACAGGAUUUCUGUGUACUUCCUGUCGAAGAUAAUGUCUGACAUCUUCACCCUCCGCACAGUUCCAGCCAUGGUCUUCACUUGUAUCGCCUACUUCAUGCUAGGCUUGAAGCAAACAGUGGCGGCCUUUUUCAUCUUCAUGCUGACCGUGACGCUGGUGGCCUACACGGCCACAGCCAUGACCCUGGCUAUGUCUGCUGGGCAGAGUGUGGUCGCCGUGGCCAACAUCUUCAUGACCAUCAGCUUUGUUUUCAUGAUGAUCUUCUCUGGUCUUCUUGUGAACCUGCCCAGCAUUAUGGACUGGCUAGCUUGGUUUAAAUACCUGAGCAUUCCUCGCUAUGGAAUGGCAGCUCUGCAAGUGAACGAAUUUGUUGGUCUAAAUUUCUGCAACGACACUCUUGUUGUACCUACCAAUCCUUCCAGAAUUGAUAUCAACUGUAGCUACCGUUUCCCAGGCUUUCAGUGUACAGGAGAAGAAUUCCUGGAAAAACAAGGCAUAGACUACAGCACCUGGGGUCUGUGGCAGAAUCACGUGGCUCUGGGGGUGAUGACCCUCAUCUUCCUCAGUAUAGCUUAUCUAAAACUGCGCUUUAUGAAGAAGUUCACCUAGACCGGACCAGCUCAUCGAAAGGAUCAGUACUGCACUUGCUGACUAAUGUUUCCACUAAACAGAAGAAUAUGACGAUUCACAAAAUCUGUAAGCUAGACGAUCACACUUCGGUAACAUUUCUGUUUCCUCGUGCUUUUACAUUUUACUGCACAAUUGCCAGUGACAUUCUAGGGGAAUAAAGCCAUUUCCUUUUUGUUCGAUGAACGAUUGUUAAAGUGUAAAAAUGAGCACAUUGUAAGAGCAACAUUUUCCUUUUUGUGCAAAUUACCGUUUAGUUGUUUUUUUUGUAUUUGUUCUUAUGCUGUUCGUUAUAGUUAAAUGGUAAUCAUUAGGAAGUACAAUGGUUAAUGAUGCAGGCCAGUCAAUUGCCAUUUGAACGUCAAAACUAACUUGGAUAAAACCUGAAAGCUUCACACGUAUAAUCAUUUUCUUUAAUUUAAUAGUAUGUUCAACUUACUAAUUUAUUUUAAUCAUUGUAUUUGUAUGAUAGAAUAUAUAAUUUGAAUUCAUUAUUAAACUAAAAGAAUAUGACAGACAUUUUUUAAACUCUUGUAUAAAAGUUCUUGAGAAAAAAAAAAGAUUUUUAAAAUAAUCUGUCUGUGAAAAGAAUUCUGUUCAGUUAAGAUAUAUCAAGAAGCAGAAGCCACAGAAACAUCAGCACCCAACCCAGAACAGAGUUCGGGAAACCCUGUGUCAAGUCACUGCAGGCAGCCUCCACGUACAUAGACUUUUUUAGUACAUUUGUAGAUGUACUAUUGUUAACAUUACAAAUUUAACCGGAGUUAAAGCAAAAUAAAUGUCUGAAAG